GCGCCUCCACUUCCAGCUGUCUCCAGUGUUGUUUACUUAGCCCGCUUUGGCGAACAACUUGAGGCGCUUACUGGGACGCUGAGUUGUUUCUUUUGUGUGUGUGUGUUUUGUUUUUCGUGUGAUGAAGCAGUAACAUUUCUGCGAAAUGAAACCGAAGAAGCGACACGUCCUGCUGCUGUGGAUGCUUGUCUGCUCCGGCAUGACGGAGGCGAUCGAGCCCAUCAGCACCAGCAUAGCGGUUGGCAUGGCUGCAGCUCUCACCGGGUUUUUAGCUAGCUAUCAGAACAUCCUCUACUAUUUCCACGAGUGCUGUCGACCCGAGUGGAUUUCUUUCAACAGGACAGGUCUCAAGGAUGACCUGGAAAGCAAACUGUUCGGACAGCACAUCGCGUCUCGCAUCAUCCUGAAAGCUGUGAAUGGAUUCAUGAGCAACGACAACCCGAAGAAGCCUCUGGUGCUCUCUCUGCACGGAUGGACCGGCACAGGGAAGAACUUUGUCAGUCAGCUGAUCGCCGAAAGCAUUUAUAGAGAGGGAAUGGACAGCAGCUUUGUUCAUGUCUUCACAUCUGAGCUUCACUUCCCACAUUCGAGUCAAUUUGAUACCUACAAGUCUCAGCUACAGCAGUGGAUUAAAGGCAAUGUCACCAACUGUGCACACUCCAUGUUCAUCUUUGAUGAGAUGGACAAAAUGCAUCCCGGCUUGAUCGACAGCAUAAAGCCGUACCUGGACUACUACGACAAGCUGGACGGGGUUUCAUAUCGGAAAGCCAUCUUCAUCUUCCUCAGCAACGCUGGAGGAGAUAGCAUCAUACAGACAGCUUUAGAUUUCUGGAGAGCAGGGAGAGAUCGAGAAGAGAUGGAGCUCAAAGACCUGGAAACGGUGCUCUCUCUGUCAGUGUUCAACAACAAGAAAAGUGGCUUGUGGCAUACAAGCUUGAUUGACAAGAACCUGGUGGACUUCUUCGUCCCGUUUCUGCCUCUGGAGUACCGGCACGUCGUGCAGUGCGCCAUGGCCGAGAUGAAAGCCAGAGGACUUCAGCCAGACCAGAAGGUGGCAGACCAGGUGGCCAGAGAUUUAGUCUAUUUCCCCAAAUCUGAGAGGGUGUUCUCUGUCAAAGGCUGCAAGACGAUAGAGAGCAAGCUGCUACUACACAUAGCGUCAGCGACUGAUGGACGCCAUGCUUGAUCACUAUGUGCACUUUUUUAAAUAAAAACACUCUUGGCCAAAGGACUGAAGAGAGGAAGUCAGGCUGACCGGUCUCUGCGGAGGUUUCUCUGUCUGACCUUGUGGCCUCAUGGAGGAUUUCGGAUGGCCGUCUACAGUGUUGCAUCUCGGUUACACUGAACGUAGAGGCUGACGAAAGAGCCACGCCAGUUGAAUGAAAAAAUUAUAAGACUGGAAAUGCUAUCCUGUGUAACUGAUUAAGGGUUUUAAUCUCCACAUGUAUGUCACAGCACAGUGAGAUUCUCUGAGACGGUUUUUGUUUUCCUGCGAGCUUCUGAAUGACUUACUGGUUUUCCUUCCGUCAGUCAAACUACAGCAUGUCACUGUUGUGCACCUCUUGUUCUUCAGUGUAUACUCCAUAUAUAUGGAUUACAGCCUUAAUUCUCUCUAAUUUCCCAAGAAUGAAUUUUUUUUUUUUUUUUAAAUCUACUGAGUUAUUUUACACUCAUACAUGUACAUGUGAGUUCAUUAGCAGUCGGUGUUGGCCUUGGUGGGUGCUGCUUAUAGCAAAGUCUCUCACUUUUCAAAUACAGAAAUGCAAAAUUCCAAAAACUCUGUUUAUAUGUAUCAUAUUUAAAUCACCAUUAGCGAGAUUUUUAUACAGUGCAGCCACACACUUUUAAUAUAUAACAUGGUUAAUGUGAUACAUGAGUAAUAUACACUGUAAUUGAUAUGGAUGUGUCCAUAGCAAACUGUUUCCAGAUGUAAAUUUGCCUUAAAGUUAUGAUCCUUAACACUAUGACUGGACUCUGUAGCUGCAGUUGGACACUGUAUGAACUCAGGAUAGUAAUUUCUCACAACACAAAAACAAAUGUUUGAUUUUACCAAAACUUGACUUUAGUAUUGUUGAAAUUGCAGAUUGUUCUGAAUACACAUUUUUAAUGAGAUUGUGUGAAACAGAGUGGUUGAUUAUUUAGUUAUUUAAAAUUCAGCCUGAAGUAAAACACAAGUGCUCUCUUCUAUAAUGUGUCGUUCGGUGGGCCGUCCUGAACGUAGCUCUCCUCUGAUGUUGUGGAAGGAAAUGUUGGUUUCUCAAAAUCUGACGCCUUUGAAACCACAACAAGAAAUCUUAAUGAUGAUAAUGUUAUUAGUAUAUAAGUCUUUGUAGUGGCUCACAGUUGGCAGCUGUAUGUGAAGGAGGUUAUCGUCGACCCUGAAAGAACAUUGUUGGUGUGGAUGGACGGCAAACACACCAGACAAACAAAUCACAAAUAAAAUAUGA